UCGGCCAAUCACCCUCGCCCUCAAACACGGGGAUCCGAUCUCCUGAGUUGAGCCAGUCACACAGUUGCUUCUGCUUUCACUUCUGCCUCAUAAAUACUGGCCUUGGACAAUUCCCUGUGCCCAUUCUGCGCUGCUGGCUUAGUUUCCCACAGUUCACAAACUGCACUUUUACUUAUAGGAAGCCUACUUUUUCUUUUUUUUGCAUUUUGCAUUUUGCACUGCUAUACUCACAAGAGGAUCUCUUUUACUAAUCUAUAAAGCCAGGCAGAAGACCAGUGGAUGCCUGCAAGCUGCAGCUUCAGAAUGUUGAUAGGCCUCGGAGCUGGGGAGCUGUGACCCUCGGCGGGGAGGUGGCGGAGCUCAGCAGCACAGCGGCUCCUGAGCCCGAGAGCAGGAGGAGAACGUGUGAGCUCCGUGCAGAGGCGGCUAACAGGGCCACAGCAGCUCCGGAUGCCCAUAUGACAGGUGGGGAAACUGAGGCCCAGAGCAGCCACCAGCUUGCAGGGUGCGGCAGACGCUUGCCAGGUGACCCCUAGGCUUGGCUACCGGCAAAUCUGCUCCUCCAGGGCCCUGCCGUGCGGGGCUCAGCUUCCUCUGCUGUGAAGGGGGCAGGGUGGACUCGCGAGGUCCUUAUGAACGCUGCCAGGGCCCCCGGGCAGUGCUGUCCUCAGGGCGGCCCCUCUGGAGCUGGAGUCCGCCCUGUGCCACGGAUGCCCCGACCGAGGCACAGUGGGGAGGAAGGGGUUUGGCAGCCGCCCCUCCCCCUCCCGCGGCCCCGCCCCUGCCCGGAACAGAGAACUGGGACACAGAGGGGGACCCCCGCUGCAGGGCUCUCCUGGGCCGGUGGACCCCCGCCCGGGGCCCCUGUGCUGCGCCUCCCUCCCCCGCUCAGCACAGGGCGCGGCCGCGGGACGGAGGCCCCCGCCGCCUCCACCCAGGCUGGUCCGGACCUCCCCGCAGCCCCGCUCAGAGCCUCGCACACCCGCGGGGAGGGGUGAAAGCCUGUUUUCAGCCCAGACUUCAGCUUGUUUACUUUUUUUUUUCCCUUUGGUCGGUGUGAAGGACUGAUGGAACACACAGCUUCGCACUCACGCACCUCCAGGCCUUUUCUUAAUUUUGAGACUACAUUGUCUCCCUAAUUGCUGUCACCGGGCUGGGCUCGCUUUCCGUCGUCCUGCCUCAGCCUCCCUCAGCGCUAGGGUUACAGGUGCGCCGCGGCACGCGGGCUGAGGCUCGAGCCUUACCCCUAUGACAAACACGGCAGCCCUGAGGCCCGCAGCUGUCCCGCCCUCCGCACUGCCGUCCAGCACCCCAGCUGCGGUAAGGGCUGGCGCCGUGGCGUGCCAGUGGGUGGCAGUAAGAGCGAGGCGUCCUCUUGCCAGGCGGGCAGGCCCCGGUGAGCCGGCUGGAGAGGGCUCCGCCAGGCCCCCGAGCGCCCCCGAGCGCUGUGACACUUUCACACCCGCCUGUCGGCCGGAGCCUAUUUCGGGAGGUGUUUUCUCUCUCCUGAAGAUCAGGAGGUCUCUGACCCAGCAGGUUCUCGCCCUGGCCCAGGAGAGAGGCUGCUAAUUAUGCACGCCCUCCCUCCUGUGUCUUCACAAGGCAUGAUCAAAACUAGGGUGGCCGCUGCUGCCGAGCGCCCCCUGAUGAAAAGGCAGUGUGAAAAGCAAGACGCCGUGUCCUCAUCCACCUUCCUGCUCAGACCUGGCCCCGGACACCUCCAGCUCUUCCCCAAGUCAAAAUGACCAUGAAAGGUCAACGUUUUGAAUCAGUUCAGGACACUGAAGCGGCCACAAAAUUGCACCUAAAGACCCUCGGGAAAGACUUCUGGAGCUGCUGCGGACAGCACUCGGAGGGUGGGAGGAGUGUCUGAAGUGAGGGCAAGGAUUUCGAGGGGUCAUGGUGAUGUGCCUUUUGCUGUAAUAUUUUUAUUUGUUUGCGCAUUCACCAUACUUUUUUCAAUCACACCUAAAAUAAGACACAAGUCCUCCCAAGGAACAGUGUUCGGGACACUCAGGGUCCUGCCCUGUGGUUCCCGGGCCCUCCGUGGCACCCUCUCCUCUCCCACAACCUGUGGGAGCCUCUCUGUUCCCCAGCUGAGGGCCCAAGGCACCCCUUGUACGAGACCCGCACCAGGACAGGUCAGAUGCCGCCAGACAAAGGGCUCAGCCCCUCUCUGACAGGACACACAGGCUGGGUCCUGGUCUCGGGGAGCAGAGGGUGCAGGAGGGGACGGGGAAGCUUUGCCUGGUCCUCGCUGUGCACUCUGGGGAACCACUUACCUUCUCUGGGCAGGGGGAGGUUAAGUACGCCGGGUUCCUCUCGGCCUGGGGGUGUGGCUCAAGGGCAGAGCGCUGGUCUAGCUCGGAGGCUCUGCACUUGAUCCCAGCACUAGGGAGACAGAGAGAGAAAGGAAGGAAAGAGGAGGAGAGGAGAUGGGGAACGGGAAGAGGGCCCUCCCGCGUCAUAUAGUAGCAGAGGUUGAGCCCCGGUCUCUGGGGUGAAAGAGACUAGAUCAAGUCUCCACGGUGACAAGCCACGAGCCCUGGCCCGGACGACUUCCUCCGAGACUCGGCUUCCCCAGUGUGAUCAGGGACUCCAAGCAGAGACAGGCCGGCCGUUGUCUGCACAGUGACAAGUGGGUGCAGAUGUGUGACCACCCUGUCUCCCCAGCCUCGGUGUCCCAGGCACUCCUUGCACGAUGUCCACACCUCCCGCCAGCAAUGGGGUCUUUGUCGUCAUCCCACCCAGCAAUGCCAGCGGCCUCCGCCCACCUCCAGCCAUCCUGCCUACCUCCCUGUGCCAGCCCCCAGGGGUCAUGCAGUUCGAGGAGCCUCCGCUGGGGACACAGGCGCCCCGGACCACCCAGCCACCCGACCCGCGUCCCAUGGAGACGUUCCUGACAGGAGAGCCCAAAGCUUUAGGGACAGUGCAGAUCCUCAUCGGUCUCAUCCACCUGGGCUUCGGCAGCGUGCUGCUCAUGGUCCGCCGCGGACACCUGGGCAUGCUCUUCAUCCAGGGCGGCGUCCCCUUCUGGGGAGGGUCCUGCUUCGUCCUCUCCGGGUCCCUGUCGGUGGCUGCUGAGAGGAGCCACACCAGCUGCCUGGUGAGGAGCAGCCUGGGCGCCAACAUCCUCAGCGCCUCGGCGGCCUUCGCGGGGACAGCCGUGCUGCUCAUGGACUUCGGCGUCACCAGCUGGGACGUGGGCAGGGGCUACCUGGCCGUGCUGACCAUCUUCACCGUCCUGGAGUUCUUCAUCGCCGUCAUCGCCACCCACUUCGGGUGCCAGGCCACGCGCGCGCAGGCCCACGCGUCUGUGAUCUUCGUACCCAGCGCCUUUGGUACAGACUUCGCAGCGCCCAGUCCAGCCGCCUCCCCGCCCCCCGCCUACGACAACGUGGCCUACGUCCCCAAGGAGUCCUCCGAGUAGCCGAGGAUGACCCAAAGGCUGUCCCUUCCCCCUGGCCAGCCUCUCCCACCCGGCUGCCCUGCCCCAUCCCCUCCGGCUAGACCGAGACACCCAGCAGGGGCCUCUGUCCACGCCUCCCUUGGGGCUCCUUCCCCAAAGACACCAGCUGGUGUCCAGGGUGUGUGCCCCUCGCCCCUCCAGGGAUACCCUGGGCUCCCUGAAGUCCUGGGCCUGGGCCUGGCCUUGCUCCCAACCCAUGUCCGGAGACCCUCGCUUUCCUUGUCUGUAAUAUGGAGCUGGCCCUGACUCAGGCCCUGCCCACUGCCCAAGGGAGCAGAGGCUGGAGAUGCCACCCUUGCCCCAUCCAGCACGGCAGGUGCAGCCCAGCCUGGGGACCAUGCUGUGCCCCUCAGGGCUCCCCUGCCAUCCCCACUGCCCAGGAGCAAGGAUGCCCUGCAGGUUACCAUAGGAACCAGCUGGAUGUCCAAGGGACAAGGACGCAGCUCAGUCCCGCCUCAGGCCCCAGUGUCACCUGUACAGUCCACACCACAGAGGCAAAUAAACAGCGUGGCUUUGA